CAUCUUUUAUAGGGCGCCACGAGACAAAAAAAAAAUCACAUUCUUUUUUUUUCUUCUUCACUUACUCAAAAAUACAAAGAAAAAACAAUUUUGAAAAACAAAAAUCCCCAAAAAUUAGGGUUUCUUCUGCCCAAUCGUAUUCGUCUCUCUUCUCCAAAUUCUUCUCUGGCUCUUUUCAAAUUCUGAUUCUUUUUGUUUUGUCUCACUCUGAGCUCCAUCGAUUACAUAACUUCAGGGGUCUUUAAGUCAUCAUCAUAGGAACACGAAGACGAUUGCAAAAAACUCCCUCGUGAAUAUCCUCUGGUGUUGUUUUGAAGAGAUGCAAUCCAAGGGAAGUGGGAAUGAAGUGGAAGUCAAUCACCAUUCUGGUGAGCAGCCAAUGAUGUAUGCAGAGGAGCCAUGGUGGAAAAAAAAUAACUCUUUUGGUGUCGUUCCUCAAGAGAUACCUUCUGUGGUUCUUUCAAAGUCCUCCUCUUUAGAAUCAAACGAUGUUCACUCAGCGUCUGGAGACGAUGGCGCUUGGAAGGAUACACAAGCUGCUACUUCGUCCCCUUCAGUAGAUAACCAUGGAGUGGAAGGGAAUGAUCCUGCUGCUUCUGUGGGUAACGUGCAUGAUCAGCAGCAACUUGUACAACCACCAGAGCUUGUUGGACACUACAUUCAGGCUUGUGUCCCAAAUCCAUAUCAGGAUCCAUAUUAUGGGGGAAUGGUGGGAGCAUAUGGACAUCAGCAAUUGCAAGGGUUUCGUCCAUAUCCUGGAAUGCCUGGUGAAAGAACAGCACUACCGCUUGACAUGACACAAGAGCCUGUUUAUGUGAAUGCGAAACAGUACCACGGAAUUCUAAGGCGGAGAAAAGCACGCGCCAAGGCCGAGCUAGAAAGAAAACUUAUCAACAGAAAGCCAUAUCUUCAUGAGUCAAGACACAAGCAUGCAAUGAAAAGGGCAAGGGCUAGUGGAGGCCGGUUUGCCAAGAAAACUGAGGCUGAAGCAGCAGCUGAGAGAGAAAGAGAAAAGGGUUCGGCAACCAACUCACCAGGCCCUGAACCAGUUGAAACAGACUCUAAUGAUAGUCUGCCAAAUCUAUGAGAAAGAGAGACAAGCUGGCAAAUCAUUCUUGGCUUUUAGAUGUUGUGUGUUUGCUUAGUUGUUCUUGUCAGAGUCUCAUAUUACAAUGUACAAAGAGAGACGAGUUAUGUUAGUUAUUAGAGAUUCGGAGACGAGAGACAGGGGAAUAGUCACUAGGUCUUUGUUUAUAUUCUUUUUUUUUUCAUAAAUUACAUUUGUUGAAUCGUUGAGCCGACACUGUUAUUACAGAACUGAAGUUUCUUGUC